AGGGGGAGAGAGAGUAGAGUUCUAGAGGGGGUGGAGGAUGGAUGUAUUGCACAAAGCGGCAGCCUCCGCACAUGAAGCAGGAAUGCUUGAGCACUGACAUCAGCUCAGAUAAGAGGCAACAUUCGGAGGAGAAGGAGGAGGGGAGCCGGUGGUCUCUCCCGCAAAAAACAAAUGCCGAUGGACGUGUGCCGCGUCUCCUCCGACUGAAGCUACUUUUGACGCUCGAUAAACUUUUUGGGGGAGAACUGAUUGCUUCCCAGGAGACCAGAGUGGAGGUGGUGCGGUGCUUGGAGAGUAUGAUGGUGCUGGACAAGGAGGACAGCGUGUCCCUGGUGUCCUUCCAGUCCAGAGAGAAGCCUCGAGGCUGCGCCGGCUGCAACGGGAAGAUCAGGGACCGCUUCAUGCUGCAGGCACUGGACUGCUACUGGCACGAGGACUGUCUCAAGUGCGCCUGCUGCGACUGCCGCCUGGGCCGGGUGGGCUCCACCCUCUACACCCGAGCCAACCUCAUCCUCUGCCGCCAGGACUACCUCAGGCUGUUCGGCGUGACGGGGAAAUGUGCCGCCUGCACUAAGCUGAUCCCCGCAUUUGAAAUGGUGAUGAGGGCGCGGGACAACGUUUACCACCUGGAUUGUUUCGCCUGCCAGCUCUGCCGACAGAGGUUUUGCGUGGGCGACCGCUUCUUCCUGAAGAACAACAUGAUCCUGUGUCAGCUGGACUACGAAGGCGGCCAUCUUAACGACGCGGCAGAGAGGCUGUCGCAGUGACGGGUGAAGAAAAGGACCAAUGAAAAGCAUUUUGGACCUUAUCCAGCGCGUUGUCGAACUUUUUGGAGGUGAAAAUUGUCAAGUGACGAAGUCAACACACGAACACAAACUAAAGAUGAACUAAAUGAGCAAGCACUUAAAGGAUGGAUGCCCAGCUUCAAGAGUCCAGUGUGGACACGUUAACAAGUCCUCCUCUAAUACUUCAUGUGAUUUAAAAAAACUUUUUUUUUAAAAGAAAUAUAACUUUGUUUAAUGGUUAACUUCACCUAUCUGGCACGCCAGGAGUGCCAACACAAACGAACCGAGGACAAUCAAUUUAUUCCUCAUUGCCACCAAAGACAGUUUCAUGUGUCCUUUUUUAUUUGGUUUUCUUCUCCACUGAAUGAACUUUAUCAGAAUAGUAUAGCCAAUAAAUAAUAAGUAUAA